GGCGGAUCACGAGGUCAGGAGAUCGAGACCAUCCUGGCUAACACGGUGAAACCCCGUCUCUACUAAAACUACAAAAAAUUAGCCGGGCGUGGUGGCGGGUGCCUGUACGCCCAGCUACUCGGGAGGCUGAGGCAGGAGAAUGGCAUGAACCCGGGAGACAGAGCUUGCAGUGAGCGGAGAUCGCGCCACUGCACUCCAGCGUGGGCGACAGACCAAGACACCAUCUCAAACAAAACAAAACAAAACAAAAAACUCAAUAAAAAAGGAGCAGCCACAAGGGCAGGGGCCCGGGACUGGACAAAGAAGAACCUGGGUCCCACCUGGGCCUGAGAGAAUCGGGCAAUGAGGUGGAGUUGGGGCUUGGCCUGCCCACGAAAGAGAAACCAAGUGAAGAGAAAUUGGACAAAAUGCCUAAGCCUGACAUUUUGAAAAUGGGUCCCGUCCCAAGUGUGUCCACUCCAACACUCCUUCGGAGGCUAGCUCCUUCUCUCCUCCAUUCUCGCUUCUGGGCCUCACCUCAGCCCAGGUUCUCUUCGCCCACUCAGUCCUGACUUCACGCUUCCGCCUCCAGCUCAGGGGCCCCCUGAGCCCGGCUACCCCUACGCAGGACGAGCUCAGGGCCGGCUCCCAGCCUCACUGCGCCCCAUUCCCCGCCCCGCCUGACCCCCAGAUUUCGGCUCACCCCGGGACCCGGCCCUAGCCCUUGCCCCCAGCCCAGGACUGGGCCCAGCCACGCUCGCCCAGCCACGCUCGCCCAGCCACUCGCCGCCUCGGCCCCGCCCCGCGCUCCGGCCACUCGGCGGUAACCAGCUGGUCCCGCCCGCCCGACGAAGGCGCCGCGCAGCCAAUCAGCGGCUGCCACACAGCGGCCCGAGCCGGGCUUGGGGGUUGGGACCUCCGGCUGCAGGUCCGCCUGGGCCAGACCCGCGAGCGCAGGCAGCCGGUUUGUGGUCGCGCGCCCGACCUCCGCAGUCCCAGCCGAGCCGCGACCCUACCGGCCGUCGCCACCCCACCUCGCCGCCAUGCGCCUCCGCCGCCUAGCGCUGUUCCCGGGCGUGGCGCUGCUUCUCGCUGCGGCCCGCCUCGCGGCUGCCUCCGACGUGCUAGAACUCACAGACGACAACUUCGAGAGUCGCAUCUCCGACACGGGCUCUGCGGGCCUUAUGCUCGUCGAGUUCUUCGCCCCCUGGUGUGGACACUGCAAGAGACUUGCUCCUGAGUAUGAAGCUGCAGCUACCAGAUUAAAAGGAAUAGUCCCAUUAGCAAAGGUUGAUUGCACUGCCAACACUAACACCUGUAAUAAAUAUGGAGUCAGUGGAUAUCCAACCCUGAAGAUAUUUAGAGAUGGUGAAGAAGCAGGUGCUUAUGAUGGACCUAGGACUGCUGAUGGAAUUGUCAGCCACCUGAAGAAGCAGGCAGGACCAGCUUCAGUGCCUCUCAGGACUGAGGAAGAAUUUAAGAAAUUCAUUAGUGAUAAAGAUGCCUCUAUAGUAGGUUUUUUCGAUGAUUCAUUCAGUGAAGCUCACUCCGAGUUCCUAAAAGCAGCCAGCAACUUGAGAGAUAACUACCGAUUUGCACAUACGAAUGUUGAGUCUCUGGUGAACGAGUAUGAUGAUAAUGGAGAGGGUAUCAUCUUAUUUCGUCCUUCACAUCUCACUAACAAGUUUGAGGACAAGACUGUGGUAUAUACAGAGCAAAAAAUGACCAGUGGCAAAAUUAAAAAGUUUAUCCAGGAAAACAUUUUUGGUAUCUGCCCUCACAUGACAGAAGACAAUAAAGAUUUGAUACAGGGCAAGGACUUACUUAUUGCUUACUAUGAUGUGGACUAUGAAAAGAAUGCUAAAGGUUCCAACUACUGGAGAAACAGGGUAAUGAUGGUGGCAAAGAAAUUCCUGGAUGCUGGGCACAAACUCAACUUUGCUGUAGCUAGCCGCAAAACCUUUAGCCAUGAACUUUCUGAUUUUGGCUUGGAGAGCACUGCUGGAGAGAUUCCUGUUGUUGCUAUCAGAACUGCUAAAGGAGAGAAGUUUGUCAUGCAGGAGGAGUUCUCGCGUGAUGGGAAGGCUCUGGAGAGGUUCCUGCAGGAUUACUUUGAUGGCAAUCUGAAGAGAUACCUGAAGUCUGAACCUAUCCCAGAGAGCAAUGAUGGGCCUGUGAAGGUAGUGGUAGCAGAGAAUUUUGAUGAAAUAGUGAAUAAUGAAAAUAAAGAUGUGCUGAUUGAAUUUUAUGCCCCUUGGUGUGGUCACUGUAAGAACCUGGAGCCCAAGUAUAAAGAACUUGGCGAGAAGCUCAGCAAAGACCCAAAUAUCGUCAUAGCCAAGAUGGAUGCCACAGCCAAUGAUGUGCCUUCUCCAUAUGAAGUCAGAGGUUUUCCUACCAUAUACUUCUCUCCAGCCAACAAGAAGCUAAAUCCAAAGAAAUAUGAAGGUGGCCGUGAAUUAAGUGAUUUUAUUAGCUAUCUACAACGAGAAGCUACAAACCCCCCUGUAAUUCAAGAAGAAAAACCCAAGAAGAAGAAGAAGGCACAGGAGGAUCUCUAAAGCAGUAGCCAAACACCACUUUGUAAAAGGACUCUUCCACCAGAGAUGGGAAAACCAUUGGGGAGGACUAGGACCCAUAUGGGAAUUAUUACCUCUCAGGGCCGAGAGGACAGAAUGGAUAUAAUCUGAAUCCUGUUAAAUUUUCUCUAAACUGUUUCUUAGCUGCACUGUUUAUGGAAAUACCAGGACCAGUUUAUGUUUGUGGUUUUGGGAAAAAUUAUUUGUGUUGGGGGAAAUGUCGUGGGGGUGGGGUUGAGUUGGGGGUAUUUUCUAAUUUUUUUUGUACAUUUGGAACAGUGACAAUAAAUGAGACCCCUUUAAA